AUAAGAGCAGCUAAGAAACUUAAGAAAAAAGGCCUAACACCCGCGAUCCACUGGGUGCCUGGCCACCAGGAUAUUAUAGGAAACGAGAAAGCAGACGCGCUAGCAAAGGAGGCGACAAAGCUAGAUCCUAGCUCUAGUAGGACGAGUCUAGCUGUAAUAGGCACACGAAUAAAACAGCUAGGCGAGCGAGAGUGGCUCAGCUAUCUAGAACAAUAUAGGAGGAAGGCUAUUGCCCUCAACUCUACUACUUAUGCUGCAAGGUAUAAGUGGAAGACUAGGAAGCAGAUUGCCACUCCUCCUCUUACUAGUAGAGAAGUCUCUAGCGCCUUCUUUCAACUUAAGCUAGGCCACUGUUACCUAAGAGACUUUCUCUUUACGCGAGACAAAGUAGACUCUAAAGUUUGCCCCUGCAACUAUAGAGCUACUCAAGAUCCUACCCAUAUCCUCCUUAGCUGUACGCUAUAUAAGGAGGCUAGGAUAAAGAUGCAGGAGGCGAGCAAGGACCCCCUAUCGCUAGCCUUCCUGCUAAACACGAGCGUAGGCAUACAGGCUACUAUUGCCUUUAUUGAAGAAACUAGGGCUGCAACACAGGCCUGGCACAAAGGAAACCUCGAGAACUAG